UAUGUGACGUCACAUGUAAACACCGGCAGCAGCACCCAUGGCCUGCUUGCCCUCCUCACUCUGUCAGCUGAGCAGAGAUGUUACAAAUAAAAAAACGCAUGAGAUACAGCUCUCCGGGCAUUGCCGCUGCGAAGCUGUUUUCCUCUGGUCCCGCCAAAAACCCGGUCGUGUUUCUCGAUAUCGAGGCCGACGGUGAACCGCUGGGAAGAAUUAUCAUUGAGUUGAAUGCAGAUGUGGUGCCAAAGACAGCGGAGAAUUUCAAAGCCUUAUGUACGGGGGAGCAUGGCUUUGGAUACAAAGGCUCCGUGUUUCACAGGGUCAUACCUGAGUUCAUGUGCCAGGGAGGAGAUUUUACAAACCACAAUGGCACAGGAGGGAAAUCUAUAUUUGGGAAAACAUUUAAAGAUGAGAACUUUAAGUUGAAACACACUGGUCCUGGAACACUUUCAAUGGCAAACUCAGGGCCAAACACAAAUGGCUCCCAGUUCUUUAUCAGCACUACUAAGACUGAAUGGCUUGAUGGCAAACAUGUGGUGUUCGGGCAGGUGAAAGAAGGUAUGGAUGUGGUCACCACAAUGGAAUCCUUUGGAUUACAUGAUGGCGGUGUGAUUAAGAAAAUUGUCAUCUGUGACUGUGGGGAGAUCAAAUAAGACUUAAGAUGACACAUGGACUUCUGUCGGAUGGCUAAUCACUAUUUAAUUCCUUUUGAGCCCUUUAUCUGUGACUGUUUCAUGGAGGAACCGCUGUAAUGAACUUUUUCUUUAAAUAUGAUCUUUAUUGUUGAUUGAGGUGUAAAGAUCCAUAUAUUCAUUAUUUAAAAAUGCGGAAAAAUGUUUACAAAUAACAAUUUUUGCUUAGAAUAAUUUUAAUAAUGGCAUGAAUGGGAGUUUCACUGAAACACUGUAAUCUUAUUAACAGAUAUCUAGCUUUUGUAAGAUUUUAACUCACCCUAUAUACUCCGUGUAAGUGUCCAGAUCUUCCACUUGGUAAAAUUUUCUUACUGUGCAAUUAUUCUUCAUUUGCUACCUAUUAAAUUCACAUUUUCAGAUUUUACCAGCUCUGGUCUCAGUGCGGGACAUUUGCUCUCUUGUACCAUCAACCCUACUGGUUUUAGAGCUUCCUGGAAAUGAUCCAGAAGCUUUUUUUAGACAUCAGGCUCUCCAGUGUGAGCGACUUCCUGUCCAUCAGAGCAGGAUGUGACAUCAUGUGACAUCCACCUACAGUGGAGCCUGGAUAUCACAUGAAUCUAGUUGGCAGAUGAUAGACCUGCAGGCUUUAGGUUCAUUGGACACAGUGAAUACAGAUGAUUUAAUCUGCUGGAUCCAUAAAGAAAAAGUCUUCAAUGUGUAUGUGGGCCGCUCUUCUCUCUCACUGCCUCUUUAUUCGAAACACAGAGCGCCUGGAGGUGAGAGCAAAAGAAAAGAGACCAGGACAUGUCUGAAAGCUAGAGACUGGGUGGUGCUGCUUAUCGAGCUAAUACUUUAUGAAAGUAAAUAAUGAAGCGAUGUGAAAAAACAGCUCUUGCCCCUAAAUGAAACCAUAUGCUUGCUGACCUUCCACCGUUUGUUUGAAUUCUCAGAUUACAUUGUUGCUAUAGUGACUUUUCAGCUCUCACUCUGUUUGAGUGCGAGAUGUUGUAACAAACUUGAUAUAAUUUGGGUCCCCACCCUCCGGUUUAGUUUUAGUUAUUUGGAAUGCACAUCCAAUAUUGUGCAUGGAAACUUGGCCGGAGAGGCGCCUGUGCCUUGGCCAACGUUUAAUACACACAUGCAAAACAAUGACAUCUUUACAGCUGGUACAAGCUGGUUCCCCCGCAGUAAAUGUCCACAUUUAUCACACAGCACCCAUGUCUGCUGGUGUCCUUUUCUCUGUUUUGGUUUUCUUGUCCACAGUCUGACUCAAAGUGUUGAAAUCAAGACCUGACAGCCUGAUGUGUCUGUUAUCUUUCAGCACUUUCACGGGGAAGGAAAAGUUUAACAAGUCUCUCCCCCUCUUGUGUUACACAACCACCAUGAAUAAUCCAUUAAAAAACUCUUUCUCAAAAUCUAUACGCUUCACAGUCUUGUGUAAGACCUCAAGCUUGCACUGUGUAAUGAUGAAAACAUACACUCUGUAAUGAAUAUUAUACAGGCAGGAGAACUCACAAAACAAUGAGCAAUCUCACAGGAGCACCCAAACAUAUAAAAAUGCGUAACCCAAGCAGUCCUAAUUCAAUAUGACUUUUAUUCAUCAAACUUGACAGCACUAAAAUGUUUUCUUAACUAACAAAUAAGGCACAUUUUGGAAUGCCAUUUCAUGGACAUGAAAAACAGACCUGUGGUCUACCCUCGAAAACCAUGACUGUCCUUGUUUCUUGAAAUCAUCGUCUUCCCUACCUCACGCCUGUGUUCUGUCCAAUUCAAAUAUUACAUUAUUGCAAUAUUGCAUAACAAACAUCUCAAGUGAUACAGACAGUAAAGAAUACAAACAAAACUUUCCAAAUUGACCACAUAAGUGUUAACACAUUACAUUCAGUAAAUAUGUAUUAUUCCUAGAGGCUACACUAGCGGUAAAUGAAAAACUUCAGGACUAAGAACAAUCAGAAGAUGCUGAUCAUGUUAAAAAUAUGUAGUAGCAAACUACUGUAAAGUAUUUAAAUAAGUAUACAUUGCACAAAGUAAUAUUUCAUUCAAAACCAAACACAUGCACAUGCAAACUCUAUAAUAGUUCUUUGUCACACACACGUUCUUUAAAGUAUACACUCCCUAUCUAAUCUACUAAUAACACUAAAACAUUUGAUAAUAGUUUCUUGUCAUUGCUACUUAAAGCAAACUACAUCUCACAGUUUAACGUGCUUAUACAGUGGUGAGUAUCCAUCACUUCUUAAUAGGAAAAACAAGAUUUCUGCAUGUUAACACAAUAGAUCUUCAUAAUGUUGUUUACAAAAUGAAUAUAUGGGACUGUAUGGAUGUAAAUGACAGCUCAUAAUUAGUUAUAUAAAGCAACUGAAUAACAUUGCAGUUUAUUCAACACUGAUAACAUCAUAAACAAAAAACACAAAAUACAAUGGCUUAUAAUUGAGAAAGGGUAUUAAUUAUGUACCAGCUUUUCUUUAUAAUAUUCUAUGUAGACAUCAAUAUUUCCUUCUUAGUGUAACUUUGUUGCAUAUUCUAUACAAAAAGUGUUGUAAAAAAUCUUUCCAUAAAUAUUUCUGCAGGAUAUCCCCUCAGAUUCUUGUAAAACAUAAAGAAAAAAAACUCCCAGCUUUGUUUAAUUCUCAGCAAUAGGCCCUUCUUCACACACAAACAGAAAAAAAGCUUCAAUAUUGCAUAACACUUUAAAAGAGCUACGAUCCUUGAAAAUGAUGGCCAUCAAAUAUAUACAUAAAACAGUCUUUCUUUGUCAGGGAAAUAACUCUUGAGUUUUUGCAGAUUGCUUUAAAACUUUCAACAUCUAUUAAGUGUUCCAAAAUACACAUCUCAUUCAUAGAAAAUAACAAAUUUGAGCUGAGAAGGUUGUAGAAAAGUCAAGUAUGUGUAAUUCAAGACAUUACGUCUGAAAGCAGAGAUUUUAUUUUUUUCUGCAAAUGUGUUAUAUCAACUGCUUCCAUUGGCUCUUCCAUUUAAAAUGGUCUCCUCAUGACGGAAUCAAACUAUAAACGGGAUUUAGAUUCUGCCAAAAGUCAAAAUAACACACUAUGAGGUUAGUCUGUAAGGCAUCAUUGGUAUCUUUUCCUGUCACUACAGCCACGCAGUAUGGGCUAUAAGGUUCAGAUGUCAAGACUUGUUAGGUUAGUGGCAUCGCACAAGAGAAAGAUGUUAAUAGUAAGGAAAUGGAUUGUUCCCAUCAGUGGCAUAGGGGGAUCGAAUAUGUAACACACAACUGCCUAUUCUCUCCUUUAAAGGGGCACUCCAACAAUUGUUCUCAUUAAGUAUAGUGUAGUUGCCAGAGUUUUACUCAAGCUGUCAACAUGACAGGUUCAUGUCUUCUGUAGCUCUAGAGGGGCUUCGUCCAGUCAGAAAAUAACUGAUGAAGUAACAAUAAUGUUGUCAUGAUUAUCAGUGCAAAGGCUUCGAGAAACACUUUAAAGAAAAAGCUUGUGUUACAUCACAGCAAUGGGUUGCACUGGCUGUGCGCCAGUCCAAAACAUAGCAGAGUUUACACUCUACCAAGAUGUAAGGUGUUGCGCCAGCUGAGAUAGUUUCAAUGAAGGCUUAAAGACCAGCUGGGGCUACAUGAAGAUUUUUCGCCUGACUGCAACCAGUGUUAAUUUCGUUGACUAAAACGUAUCACUAAAAAUGUUCGCUGACAGCCCUUUUUCCAUCAGAAAGACUAGACUAAGACUAGCCAAAAUUAGGUCUUUGAUGACUAAAACAGACUAAAGGUAAGUUAGUUAUAGUCAAGAUGACUGACUUCGUCAGCCAUUUAAAAGCCCUAUUUCUCCACUGUGGGUAAAUCUAUCAAAAUAUAAUGCAUCUGUAUCUAUUCUGCCUCAGCUGUAGAAAGCAGGGACCCCAGGUUUGGCAGGGCCCAUACAACACUCUAUUAUAUUUGGUGCAAGAUUCAGGCAAAAGAAUAAGUGUUUGGACUAAAAGUUAAGGGUACAAUGCUUCAAAGAUCUUUACCAGGUAGAAGUCAACUAAAAGUUUCACUGAUUUACAUGAUGGGAAAUGCAAGACUCAGUAUGUUUAUAUGCAGUGAAGUUGAGCUACGCUUAAAGCUCACUUGUCCAACUGUCCAUUGUCUUCCCCCAGUAUGCCCCCUUUUAGUUAGUCACUUCUGGAACUCCUUCAUGUUGACCCAUUACAUAACAUACAAAACAACCCAUGUAAUUCAAUAUGUUCACCUCCCUCCGUCUGUCGUCUGUCUAAAAAUGUGUGAAACCCACUCUAGCAUUUGCCAUGUUGACACCUUUGUCUUGUUUUCUGCCCAGCUUACUUCUAACAGUUUUUAUACUGUUCAGCAUCUGGGGUACAGUGGAGCAUGCUCAGAACAUCUAGGCCUGUUUGGGUGGGAUUAAGGUCUAUACACAAGAGUAUAUCAAACCCCAACCAUUGUAAGCCUUAUCUAGGUGUGUUUGUCAAACUUAGAAAAAUUUGGCAUCUCUGUAAUUCAGCUCAUGUUUAGUCUAACAAAAUAAAUCGACUUUUUCUGACUGCAUGCAAACAUACUGAGUGAUACUGUCAUAAUCAUGUCAUCAUGGGGAUCUAAGCUCAGGCUUGGAGCAACAUUUUUUUUCCAAAGAAAGAUUUAUUGAAAUCCUGAAUGACUUGAACUUCAAAGAUCUUGGCAUUUACCAAACAGAGGAAAGUGUGCUUAUAGUUUCCAAUGAGCAGCAUUGUGGGAAAUGUAGUGAUUUUGAGCCAGCCUAGGCACUAAUUGAAGGAAUAUUCCAACCUUUGCAGCACUGAUUUUGUCUGUUUCCCAGUGUUUCUAACAUAGAUACAGGUUUGUGGAACUGCAGUUCCAAAUCACCAGAGUGCCCCUCUAAUUCUCCAGACAGAAUUAGGCUUUUUUCCCCCCAAACUGUUAUGUACCAUUGUCAGCCACUGCAAACUCUCCCACUAAGGUGUGUGACCAUGUAUAGUUAUAUUUUUACAAAGCCACGAAUAGAUUGCUACAAUAGAUUUAGAAAAAAAGACAAAGAGUGAGGUCCACAGAUUCAUGAGCGACUCUGCUCUGUUGUAAGGAUUGACUAAGAAAUAACAUCUUUGUUGAUAUUCCAUGACAACAGACCACAGUAAGAUUGUUAUUGCCAGCUGGAAAUGCUGUUUCAUUCAGCCUGUGCCUCCAACUCAGCAAACUGCAUUGAAGCGAACACCCACCUCGCCUCACUAGUUCAGACUUCUUACAGAGGAACUUCCUUUUCUCAGCCUUUUGUCACAACUUGAACUUGCAUCAAACAUCCUGUACAUCUCAUAUACAACAUGCACAUAUACCGCUCCAACUCUGAGGCUGUCCCUACAUUUUUUUCCCCAAUUUCAAAUGGCCUCCAAGCCCUCAUACUUGAGAAUGAUCUAAAUCAUUUAAGGCACAUACAUUAUGCAACAGUUUAAUAUAUAGCCAACCAGCUUUAUAAGGCUAGAAAUACAGUACAUAUAAAAUAGUUCACAAUACCUAUAAAAUAUUCCAUAAAAGGCAGGUUUCUAUAAGUCAAAAUACAUAUAUUUCCUCUGUAGCGCUCUAAGUAUGCACAUGAUAUAUGUAAACAGAAUGUGUACUUCUCUUCCUUUAAAGACAUUGGUUUAUAGUAGGCACUCAAAAUGAAUACAAACCUCUGUUUUAAACUUUAUCACUUUCAAUAUAUCCUUAUGUUUUCACAAUCACCUCCACAAUUCAACCCUUCUUAGUUUAAAUCCUACCAUUUCUCUCAACCAACCUGAAAAUCAUUGCAGUUCUCAAACACUUCGCCUCCCUCUUGACAUUUUUUCCGCAGUAAGCUGACAUUUGUAGUUUUGAUGGAUAAAAGCCCUAUAAACAUAACUGUUAAGCUUCACUGACUCCAGUAAAGGUGCAAGGUAUAAAUCAGCAUUACAAAUAUGAACUUAAAUCUCGUUUAGCGUCCUUUAAAAGAA